AGGUCCCAGAAAGAAUUCGAGCCAUGAACUCUAGCAUUAAACUUCUCUUGAUUGUCCGUGAACCAGUUACUAGAGCGAUAUCAGACUACACUCAGCUACGUGCAAAUGCAGCUACAUCUUCGCCAACAGCUUUACCUACAGCUUCUACAAAAUCAUUUGAGCAGCUCGUCUUGCAUCCCAAUGGGUCUGUUAAUGAAGCCUACCGACCAUUGGCUAUAUCUUUGUAUCAUAAUUUUUUGCAUAGAUGGUUGGAGGUGUUUCCUAGAGAACAAUUGCUGGUAGUCAAUGGUGAUAUGCUAAUAGAAGACCCAUUACCUCAGCUUCAAAAAAUCGAACGGUUUCUAGGGCUGGAACCACGUAUAGGAAGUCAUAAUUUCUAUUUCAAUGAAACCAAAGGUUUUUAUUGUUUGAGAAAUGAGACUUCGGAUAGAUGUUUAAGGGAGACCAAAGGUAGGAGACAUCCCAGAGUGGAUCCGCAUGUAGUGUCAAAAUUAAGAAGCUAUUUUGAGGAACAUAAUCAAAAAUUUUAUGAGCUUAUUGGAGAGGAUUUGGGAUGGCCAGAGGAUUAACAUUUAGUCUUUGUUUUGACAAAUUAUUUUUGCUUUGUUGAGGAAUAGUUUUGAGGUGUAUUUUAGUGCUUGAAGGAAGAUUAUUACAAAAACGAAUUCCUUAUUGUAAUAUAAUUAGUAUGAGUUGCUAUUUUACAAAAACCUACAUCUUGCCUUCAAGCAUUUACUUUUUGCUCAAAUUAUUAUUAAGUUGAAGAGUUGAGCUUAUUUUUCGACAGCAGCCAAUUCUUUUUGAAAUUUUUUAAAAAGGGACACAAAAGUCGUAUUAUAGCUGUGAACUAUAUAAUGAAAAAAGGUAUAGGGCAAGCUUCUUGCUUGUUAGUCGACAAAAAAUUUACUGUGAAGUAACUUACACAUAUCAAUAAAUAAACAUAUCAUAUUGUUCGUUAAUUUUAAAAAUAGGUAUAAAGUUUAUAUUUAAUCUAAAUAAUGCUUUGUUUUAAGGAAAUUAAAGAGCAAAUAACUUGUCCAUAUUUACGAGAUUGAGUAUUGUGAUUAUAAUGGAUUUUUUUGAAACAAAGCAUAUGAAUUAUUACGAUACAAGGUUUGUGAAAAUGAAUUCUGCUGUUAUUGACAAAUAAAACUGGAAUGGUCUACAAAAUUUGGAGACUAUCUACGACAGUCAGCGGUUUGAUUAAUUUAUAUCCA